AUUACUAAAUCUGGUAUAUCCCGAUCUAAACCUCCUUCGCCCUCUCGCUCGAGCUGUGAAGUGUUUAAUAUAAGUUCGUGGCAGUCAAAGUUAGUUUUCCCGGAGCGCUCCUGCAGUCGGUGUCUGUGCGCGCACACUGAUCCGGCGCGCGCUGAACGCUCCUUCUCCGUCCUGUCAAUGAAGCUCUCCACGAGCAGAUCCGCGUGUUUAUUUAAUCCACGUUCCCCGCAGUUAGUGCUCGCGCGUCCUGGCUCGGAUCGCUGAAGCCGCGCGCCGGAAGGACACUUGGAGAGACUUUGCUCGCGAUCUGCGCGUCCGCUUCAGCUCGUGGCACAAUGUUGCUCUGAUCCACAGGGGCUUUUUCAUGCAGUUGGGUCUCGCUCGUGCCGUGGGUCCGUGCGUGUGCGCGCGCACGUGUAGCUCAGACACGCUCCUCCCGAUCGGGUGUUUUCUCAUCGCGACCCGUUUCCAUGUUUUUAGGUUUAUGUGAUUUUCUAAAAAUGCAUCAUCACCACCAGAGAAGGUCCGCGUUAGGGACGGAUAAAGAGCUGAGUGAUCUGCUGGAUUUCAGCGCGAUGCCAAACAGCGAUUUGAAAAUGUUCCCCACAUCAAUGAUGUUUUCUCCUCCUGUCAGCAGUGGGAAGAACGGACCGACGUCUCUGGGAAGCAGACAUUUCUCCGGCUCAAAUCUGGAAGACCGAGCGAGUUCGUCGUGGGGGAAUGGAGUUCGUGCAACGAAGAAUUACGCUGCUGGCUCUCAGUACGGUCACAUGUCCAGUCGGGACCUGGGGUCACAUGACAGCGUCUCUCCGCCGUACACCAACCCCAGAUUAGCAGGUAAAACGGAGCGAGCGUCAUACUCUUACGGACGGGACUCCAGCAUUCACGGCUGUCAGUCGGGGCUCAUGGGAGGCGAGGUGGGGAUGGUCAGUCCAGAGACAGUGUCUCCCACCAAACUGGGCUCACAGUAUUACCAGCAUUACGCUGGAAACCCGCGCCGGCGAGCCCUUCACAGCGACUCCAUGGAAGUCCAGACGAAAAAGGUGCGGAAAGUUCCUCCCGGAUUGCCGUCAUCAGUAUACGCCCCGUCCGCCAGCACUGCCGAUUAUAACCGGGACUCACCAGGUUACCCGUCCUCUAAAGCACCGGGCAGCAGCUUUCCCAGUUCCUUCUUUAUGCCAGACGGUCAUCACAGUACAGACCCAUGGAGCUCGUCCGGCAGUAUGAACCAGCCCGGAUACAACGGCAUGCUGGGAAACUCCACACACAGCGCUCAGAGCAGCAGCUACUGCGGCCUGCAUCCACACGACAGACUCAGUUACCCGUCACACUCGUCAGCUGAGAUUAACCCCAGUCUUCCUCCCAUGUCCAGUUUCCAUCGCAGCGGCGGGACGAAUCACUACAGCACGGCGUCCUGCUCCGCCUCCACUAACGGGACGGACAGCGUCAUGGUGAAUCGAGCGCCGAGCGGAGCGGGAAGCAGCUCACAGACGGGAGACGCGUUAGGAAAGGCUCUGGCUUCAAUCUAUUCCCCUGAUCACACCAAUAACAGCUUCUCAUCUAACCCAUCCACUCCUGUGGGAUCUCCUCCCUCACUCACAGCUUCCAGUUCAGCCGUCUGGUCCAGAAACGGUCAGGGAUCCUCGUCCCCGAGCUACGAGCCUCCGCUUCACUCGCUGCAGAGUCGCAUCGAGGAGCGGUUGGAGCGUCUGGACGAUGCCAUCCAUGUGCUGCGCAGUCACGCGGUCGGAUCCACAGCGAUGUCCGGCGCUCACACAGACCUGCACGGACUGAUCACUCCGUCUCACUCUCACAACGGAGCCGUGACCGGCCACAGCGCCACCUACAGCACCGGACUGAUGCCCUCCAACAGACACGCGCUCAUGGCGGGUGGCCAUCGUGAGGACUCUGUGGGUUUGAGGAGCGGUCACUCCAUCGUGUCCAAUCAGGUGUCAGGACCCCAGCUUCCUGUGCAGUCGUCCACUUCCCCCGACCUCAGCCAGCCCGAUCCGUACAGGGCUCUCUCCGGAGGACUGCAGGGUCACAGCUCCUCGUCUGUGAGCUCGGACAUCAAAUCUGAAGACGAGGGAGACGAAAACCUGCCGGACGGGAAAUCUCUGGAGGACAAGAAGGAGGACGAGGACGGCAAGGACCUGAAAGCUCUAGAGAGCAACAACGACGACGAGGAUCUGACCCCGGAGCAGAAGCUGGAGCGGGAGAAGGAGCGGCGCAUGGCUAAUAAUGCGCGGGAGCGUCUGCGCGUGCGCGACAUUAACGAAGCCUUCAAAGAGCUCGGCCGCAUGGUGCAGCUGCACCUGAAGAGCGACAAACCCCAGACCAAGCUGCUCAUCCUGCAUCAGGCCGUCGCCGUCAUCCUCAGCCUGGAGCAGCAGGUCAGAGAGCGCAAUCUCAACCCAAAAGCGGCGUGUCUGAAGAGGCGGGAAGAGGAGAAGGUGUCAUCAGACGGUGCUCCUCUCUCAUUGGCCGGCGGUCACCACAGCAUGGGCGAGGCGUCCAAUCCCAUGGGACAAAUGUAAAGAGCCACACUCCAUAUAUGGUCAAAGCUGCCAGAAUUCAUCAAAAUGAUGAGCGACCACUUCCUUUGACAGCAUCAUUUCUGCCCCGAACGUCAAUUAAACAAUCAAUGAACCAAUCGAACGAACUUCCAUCCAAACCGAGCACCUCCUGCGUGUUCCCGUUCCUGACCGCGUCUGUGAGGAUUUAUCCUGUACAUUAGGGAGUCAGUCGCGUGGGAUUCGUUGUGCAUAUCUUCCUCCAAACAUUCCCGGUUGCAGAAGAAGACGUUUUUAUGUGCAAACACUCUUCAGACAUAUCAUGAUGUUGUGAUUUCAUGGCAAUCCUGUCCACACUGUGGAACUUUUGUAGCUGUGCCUCGCGGAAAUCCUGAGAAACAAUAGAAGAGGAUUAGGAAAUUCCCAAUCAGUCGGGACGAGAGGAGCUGUCAAUCAAACGACCCGGAUGGGAUUCAGCUGCAGAAUUUGACAAAACCCUUCAAACCUUUGCAAUAAUGUUGUUUUAGUUCUUUUGAAACCAGCAGAUCCCGACAGUGAACAUUCAGAGGCAUUUCUGGAACUUGUUUUUGGGCUCGUUUUACGAACUUUUGCUCCGUUCGACUAAUAGCCGAUCACCUAUGGAAGGUAAUUUCUCUCCGUCUGUUUGUUUGUCUCUAGCCAUCGACUCUCCUGAUGCAAUUUUAACAUGUCGAAACUUCAACCAAACGUGCCUUUAGAGCUCAUAUCAUCACACAACUGGAGGAGAACAUUAUCUACGAUGCAAGCGUAUAGGAAGCGUUAGUCAUUAGGUCUAUGCAGUCAGGUUUUUUAACGACCUGGAGUUUAAAAAA